AUGGCACCUACAACGGAUGCUUCAACUCAGUCUGUGGAGAACGCUUUAAGAUGCAUUUUCUGUGACAGUGUGAACACAGUGGAUGCAUGUGUAGAAGAGAGGCUUUGUGCUCCAGGACAGUAUUGUUACCUUGACAAAUACUCUGUGUUUGUUAGAGAUGCUGAAGGCAGAGAAAAGGAAGUCAUUAAAUAUAAUGCAGGAUGCCGAAGCUCUUCGAUUUGUCAUUAUGCGCAAUGCUUACAUGAAGCAAUUCUUGCUGAAAGAAAUCACUCAAUUGGAACGAGAGAGAUCAUGGGUGCGGCUCAUUGCACACAGUGUUGCACCACAGAUAGAUGUAAUCUCAACCUUUGCGACUGUAACUAUGAUUUUUAG